UACGCUCGAAACACUUCCUUCUUAAGUCGUACAAAAGUUUCCUUGUACUCGGAAAAAAUUAAAUCUUUUCAAUUUUUGAACUAUAAUAUCUACGGUACUUUAAAAAUUUUCUCAAACAAAUACAGGGUCUACUUGACUAAAUCAACUUCAGUUGCAUAAAUUUGCCGUUUUGUUUGUGGAUUAUUUAAUUAUUUUAUAAUAAAUUUUAUAUUUAUUUUAUAUUUAAUAAAACUAAAUUAAAGAUGACUCUCGUUCAACCAACUCCAGAUAUGCGAGUAUCAAUUCGUGAAGAACUUCGUGAACCAGAAAAUCCUGAAGAUAUUGAAAAAGAUGUUAAAUUAAUUCGAGAAUGGUUGGAAACUCAACCACAUUUACCAAAGGAUAUGGAUGAUGCUCGUUUAAGAACAUUUUUACGUGGCUGUAAAUUUAGUUUAGAAAAAUGUAAAAGAAAACUUGAUAUGUAUUAUACGAUGAGAAAUGCUGUACCCGAAUUCUUUUCAAAUCGUGAUAUUAAACGUCCUGAAUUACAAUUGGUAUGCGAAUAUGUACAUGGACCACCAUUACCAGGACUUACACCAAAUGGACGUCGUGUAACAUUGAUACGUGCUAUUGAUCAUGAAUUUCAACCACAUCAAGUUAAUGAUGCAAUGAAAGUUGCCCUUAUGGUGGGUGAUAUACGUUUAGCUGAAGAAAGUGUUGGUAUCGCCGGUGAUAUAUAUAUAUUAGAUGCAGCUGUUGCAACACCAGCUCAUUUUGCUAAAUUUUCACCAGCUGUAGUAAAAAAAUUUUUAAUUUGUGUUCAAGAAGCAUAUCCUGUUAAAUUAAAAGAAGUUCAUGUUAUUAAUGUUUCACCAUUGGUUGACACUAUUUUAAAUUUUGUAAAACCAUUUUUAAAAGAAAAAAUACGUAAUCGUAUUCAUUUACAUACAACAAUGGAAAGUUUAUAUAAAAUGGUACCAAGAAAACUUUUACCAACUGAAUAUGGUGGUGAAGCUGGUAGUAUUAUUGAUAUUGGUAAAGAAUGGGUAAAAAAAUUAGAUGAUUAUACAGAAUGGUUUGCAGAACAAGAAAAUUCUAAAGCAAAUGAAUCUUUAAGACCUGGUGCACCAAAAACAUCUGAUGAUCUCUUUGGUAUGGAGGGUACAUUCAGACAAUUGUCCAUUGAUUAAAAAACAUUUUACAUUUUGAAAUUUCUAAUGAAAAAAACAAAAUAUAAUUUCGAUUUUUUUUCGAAAUUAAUUUCGAUCUUAUAUAAUAUUAUUAAUUUUUUUUCUUAUAUUUAAUUUUCAUUCAGAGUUAUACGAUUUUUUUUCGCGUUUUAAGAAUAAUUCUUUUUUAUUACUAUUUUAUAUUAAAGUGGAUUUUAGUAUUUUGUUUGUUGUCGUUUUUAUGUAAGCGCAACAAUAUUAUUUUAUUGUAUAUUAAUUUUUAAAAAUUAAUUUUAAUUUUAUAAUUACUUAAAUAUUUUUUGUAAAUACUCAUUCUAAAUUUAUAUUUUCAUAUUUUUUUUUUGUAUAUUAUGGUUCUGAAAAUAAGGAAUAUUAUUGUUUUUUCUUCACAAGAAAUUUCACA